GACCCAGAAGGGAUUUUAGGAAAGGCGGAGAAAGCAGAUGGAGGAAGUCGUGGGAGAGUUUUUGCAACUGGGAGAAAGGUGUGGAUCUCCUGCUGCUUGAUUGCUUUUGGGAACCUCUGUUAGAAACACAGUAAGAAUGGCUUCCAAUCCAAGUGUACUUAUGCGUCUUGUGGCCUCUGCAUUUUCUGUUGCUAAUAAAGCAGGAGUAAUUGUCCGGAAAGUGAUGGCUGGAGGAGAUCUGGGCAUAGUAGAGAAGAGUGGAGCUAAUGACCUGCAGACCAAAGCUGACCGGCUGGUUCAGAUGAGCAUCUGUUCCUCUUUAGCACGAAAAUUUCCUAAACUGACAAUCAUUGGAGAAGAGGAUCUUCCUUCUGAAGAAGUAGAUGAACAGUUACUUGAGGAUGGCCAAUGUGAAGAAAUACUGAAGAAAGCCUGCCCACAGCAGUACACUGCUAUCAAAGAGGAAGAGCUCGUCGUAUGGGUUGACCCUCUGGAUGGAACCAAAGAAUAUACUGAAGGACUUCUUGACCAUGUCACAGUCCUUAUUGGAAUUGCUUAUGAAGGAAAAGCUAUUGCAGGAGUCAUUAACCAACCCUACUAUAACUAUGAGGCAGGAGCAGACGCAGUCUUAGGCAGGACAAUCUGGGGAGUCCUGGGUCUGGGAGCCUUUGGAUUUGAGCUGAAGGAGGUUCCUGCAGGAAAGCAUAUUAUCAUCACGACAAGAUCACACAGCAGCAAGCUAGUAAAUGACUGCAUUAGUGCAAUGAACCCUGAUAGUGUGGUGAGAGUGGGAGGUGCAGGAAAUAAGAUCAUUCAACUUGUAGAAGGCAAGGCUUCUGCUUAUGUAUUUGCCAGCCCUGGGUGUAAGAAGUGGGAUACAUGUGCACCAGAAGCUAUUUUGCAUGCUGUAGGAGGCAAACUUACUGAUAUUCAUGGGAAUUUCUUUCAGUAUAACAAAGAGGUGAAGCACAUGAAUUCAGCGGGUGUCCUUGCUGCUUUGAAAAACCAUGACUAUUAUGCUUCUCGAAUUCCUGACACAGUUAAACAGGCCCUUGUACCCUAAAUAAAAUGUAUGGUACAUUCCACUUGGAUAAGAAAACGUAUUGACAUGCCAUAUUAUUCUUAGCUGGAAUUGAUAAUGAUUUGUGGAAUUGAAUCAAAGUGUCAUUGUGUCACAAUUUUUUUUUAGAAUGGUGUCAGUAAUUUACUAGUCCAGAUGAGAAUUAAAUUUAGUUUUCAAUUGGAACAGAAGAAUAAUUGAAUUAAUAGAAUUCGUAUCGAACUAAUCUUCUAUUCCCACUGAAAACCAAAGACUUGGAAGGUCUUUUUUAAAAAAAUUGUCCUUCUCCAUUAGUAUGUUUAUGAUUAUUAUUUUAUAUACAUUUCAGCAGAAUAAAUCAACCAUGUAAAAAAUCUGGGGAAGCAUAAAAUCUUUAACUGAAUGGUUAUGUUUACAGUACAAAAUGUUUAAGCGUGCAUCAUACAGUGAUUGGUGUGAUGUUGGGAUUCUGCUGCUGAUAUCAUUGCUUGUGUGUACUCACCUUGGUGGUGUAUAGAUAUAUACAUGUUUUAAAUUCUGUGCACUGGGUACACACAAUUUCCAGGCAGCUUGUUGAGCUGUUAAUACACUUUAUCUGACAUAACAUUCAUGGACAGCACCUCAUUUCAACAUAUGCGUGGGUUGCCUACUGCUGAAGAAAAUUCAUUAGUCUUUAAAGUGUCAGAAGACUCCAUGCUUCUGCAAACUUGAACUGUGAAUAAAAUGCUAUUGAAAAGUAUAUAAUUCCAUAUUUUAAGGUGUUGAUUUUCUACAAGAACACUUUGGUCAAGAAUCUAUUCUUAUGGUCCAGUAAAAGCUCCAUGCUGCAAAUAGAAUGAGUGAUACUUUCAAGUAUUAUUCAUUUGUGUCUUUCUCACUCACAUACAUUGCUUGAGGGGAGAGUUGCUGUUUAAAUCACUUCACUAUGAUGUCCACAUCACAAAACUAUGGACUGAUCUUACUUUCUGCUCUGAUUGUUAGCCCUGGCUUAAGCCAUAUUAUUUGUAAUUGAUGUAUAUAGUAAACCACUGGUUUUUGAUGGUCAGGAGCUCUUCCCUCAAGUUGGUCAUUUAAAAGGAGGGGAGAGAGUGCUUCAGCAUGGCACUGACAGUUGAGCCCCAAAAGACUUCUAAAACCAGUGUUUCCUUAACUUGGCCAGAUUUAUUAUGUACACGAAAGUUCUUUGCAUUAUAUGUCACUGUGGAACACUUCCUAUAAGAUCUUCCUAUAAGAUUGUUUUUUAUAUGAUGUCAUAUUGAAAUUGUAUGGCUCUUCUUUCCUUCUGAAAUACAUCUCUUACAAUAAAACUAAACCAAAUCAAAUCAAAA